AUUCUACAUUUUUAAUGCCUCGUACCGUAUUCACUCAACUAAUUAUAUUUAAAGAUUAAAUUAAAAACAACCCUUUCUUUGAAAUUUAAAUUAUAUCAUUCCACUGUAGCACAUGAUGGCCAAUAUUAAAAAAUCAACGUUGCUAAUUCUAUAAAAAUAUAGCAGUGAAUAAUUUGAAUAUUGCAUUUUAUAUUAAAUUAUAAAUUGUAUAAGUGAUAAUAAUAAAAGUAAUAUAAUAAUUUCAUGUAGACACAUAUUAUUCUUAUAAUUGCAUGUAUGUUUGUCAUUCUAACCUAUUUCAUCUACUAGUAUUGUAAUUGUAAAUAAACAUCCAAAAGUUGAAUAUAUUAAUUAAACACUAAGUCGAUAUAUUUGAUACAAUGAAAAUAUAAUAUUUUGUUAAAGAAUUUAUGUAAUAUACUUAUUUAUAUAAAUCAUUGUCAAAUAAUCAUGGAAAAUCCUCCAAAAAUAGAAACUUUAAAUGAGAUUACUUCUGAUAUGUCAGAAUCAUUGACACAAGAGACAGCAUUACAAGAGGAGAUAAAUACAACAGUAUUGAUACUUAAUGAAUCUCGUGAAAAUGAAAUUUUAAAUGAAAAAUUGGAAGAAUCUAAAUUGGAAGAAUUACAAGAUGAACAUUCCAAUACAAUUCCAACAAUUGUCCAAGAAAAUAAUACCAAUAUAAAAGAAGAAGUAUUACAUUGUAUUAAUCAUAUUUGUUAUAAAUGGGAUAAUUCACCAAAAUUAUUAUGUGAAACAACAAAAGACUAUCAACCUACUGAAUUAUGUGAAAAUUUUACAAAAGGUUGUCAAUGGUCCCCUGAUGGAACAUGUCUGUUAGUACCUUCAGAAGAUUUCAGACUUAGAAUUUAUGAACUUCCUCAAAACUUAUAUUCUGAGAAAAUUUCUUUAAAUGUAACACCUACCAACAUUACUCCAGUAUUAACUAUGAAAGAAGGAGGUCUUAUAUAUGAUACAUGUUGGUAUCCUUUUAUGAAUUCUUGGGAACCUGCAACCUGUUGUUUUCUAAGUACAAGUAGAGAAAGUCCAAUACAUUUAUGGGAUGCUUUUAAUGGGGAAUUACGAGCAACAUACAGAGCUUAUAACCAAGUUGAUGAAGUAGAAGCUUCAAUUAGUGUUCAAUUUAUUGAUUCUGCAAGAGAAAUAUGGGCUGGUUUUAAAAAUGCUUUAAGAACUUUUGAAGUGGAACGCCCAGGUCGUCAAAUAAGUACUAUUCAAUUCAAAAAAGAUUUUCCAAAUGUUACUGGAUUAGUUUCCUGUAUUCGAGAAAAUCCGAUCAUGCCUGGAUUAAUUGCUUUUGGUACAUAUUCUAAAUACAUUGGUUUAUAUAAAAAUGGACCACUAUGUUCCUUUAAAACAGGAAAUGGAGUAACUCAAAUUGAAUUUAGUCCUUGCGGUACAAAAUUAUUUUCAGCUGUUAGACGUAGUGGUGAAUUUUUAUGUUGGGAUCUUCGUAAUCCAGGCACUGUACUUUAUUCACUUCAAGGACGUCAGUCUGAUACAAAUCAGAGAAUAUACUUUAACAUUACAUCUGAUGGUAAACAAAUAGUGUCAGGUGGAAUUGAUGGAAGCAUUAUUAUUUGGGAAUUACUGGACAGCACAAGUUAUACAGAUCUUAAUUUGACACACAAAAUAAAGUUAUCUACUGAUUGUAUUAAUGGAGUGAGUUUACAUAAUAGUUUACCCAUACUGGCUACUAGUACAGGACAAAGAUUAUGCGAUAGUGAUAUAGAUUAUAGAGAUAAUAAUGUUAGAUUGUGGUAUAUCUCUUGAUAAUGUAAUUAUGAAUUAAAUUAAUGUAAA